AUGGCCUUGGAUAGUAGGCUAUGGAAGAAUAUUGUCAUAUGCCUCAAGGCUGCUGCUCCUCUUAUUACAGUCCUUCGCUUGGUUGAUUCAGAUGAAAAACCAGCCAUGGGUUUCAUCUUUGAAGGCAUGAGAAAAUCUAAAGAAACAAUCAAGACUAACUUUGGUUGUGUUAAAAAGAGUUAUGAACCUAUAUGGAAAAUUAUUGAUGGAAGGUGGGAAAGCCAACUGCAUAGACCAUUGCAUGCAGCUGCGUAUUAUCUUAAUCCUCAUUAUCACUAUGAACCAAAUUUCAUGGUUGAUGAUGCUGACAUUAAGAUUGGUCUAUAUAGUUGUUUGAAAAAACUGGUUCCUAACCAGGAAGAAAGGAAAAAGAGUAGUAGGAAGACCAUGCUACCUGCUGAAUGGUGGGACUUCUAUGGAGAUAGUUGUCCAGAACUAAAGAAGUUUGCUAUCCGAGUUCUAAGCUUAACUUGUAGUUCAUCUGGUUGUGAGCGUAAUUGGAGUGCAUUUGAAAUGGUUCAUACAAAGAGAAGAAAUCGGUUGCAUAAAAAAAUGAAUGUUUUAGUGUAUGUGAUGUAUAAUUUGAAGUUAAAGGUGCAUUCUGAUGAUGAGUGGAUAACUGAGGAUGCUAAUGAAAAUAUUGCUAAAAGUGUUGAGCAUUCUCACUUGCCAACGAAUGACAAUACUAAUGAUGAUCCAAAUAGCAAUGAAUUUGCUAUUCCAGAUGAACAUGUGAAUGAUGAUGAUGAUUUUGUUGGCCGUGUUGAACCUGAGCUUGAAAGAAAUGAUGUUUCUGAUGAAGAUGGUGAAGAUGAUGAUGUUGAUACCAUGAAAGAUGAAGAUAUUGGAGGAUUUGAGUUUUAG